GAAGAAGAAAGGGAGGAGGAAAACUAGAGAGCAAAAUUUACCUGUUAGAGAAGAACGAAGAAGGGUUUGUAAAAUCCCGGCGGAAAAUCCCGGCGAGAGAUUGCUGAAUAAUGGCGGCGCUGCUGUUAAUUUUACUGUCACUCUCACUGUCUUCCAUCUCUCUCGCUUACAGGCCCGGUGACAUCGUUCCGAUGAGCAAGAUGGGUCAAUACCACUCCUCCAGAACUGUGUGGCAUGACAUGAUCGGGAAACAUUGCCCAAUCUUUGCCGUCAACCGUGAGGUUUUGAUUCCUGUUGCAAAGCCAACUGGUUACACGGGUGCUGAUCCUUACAAAAUAUCAUUUCAAGUCGGAAGAGAGAAGUUUCUGAUUCCAUGGCUUUUUUUGAUAAAUCGUAAAAGCUCCGAGGUUCCAAUGAUUGAUGUGCAUUUGAGGUACUCAGGAGGCGAUUUGCUUGGGGUCACGGCUAAAGUUGUCGAUAUGCCUCACCAUUACAUCGAAAUUCAUCCAGAUAUUCGCAAUCAGUUCUGGGAUCCUCAACAUUGGCCAAAACAUGUGCUUGUCAGAUACACAUGGGAGGAGCAGUCAGAGAUAGAUGUGGCUUCUGGAUUUUAUGUGCUAUUUGGUUCAGGGCUGAUGCUGUCAUUUAUUCUCUCAAUCUAUAUCUUGCAGUCAUCAAGGGAUAAAUUUGCUAGGUUUGUAAUGGAGACCGUUGCAGAAAGCAGCAUGCCUGGAGAAGUGGCUAAGGUUGAGUGAUGGAACUCUUAAGGAAGGUUAGAAGACUGUGAAGCCAGUCUUGAGAAAAAUAGUAAAAUACAUGUUGUUUGGUUGCAAGGGUUUUGGUUGUCAUUCUGCUCCAGAAAGUCGGUCCUGAAUGUUUAUGGAAAAGCCGGUGGAGUGAAAUCGGAAUUUCUGCACAGCCCUGGCGAGAACUUUUUAUGCUAGUGAUACUGUGAAACUAGUGCAUAAAUAGUUAAUAUAUACAUUGCACAAUUACUGAAUUACUUUGUAUUUUGAUGUGUAACUUUCUUACAUAAAAUUUAGUUUAAAACCACGAAUAAGGACUUGAACUUGGC